AUGUUUAUGAACGCUCCUCCCCGUUUGGUCUUCAAUGGCUCGGACGUCUUCGCCUUUGAGCAGGCCAUGAAAGUCAAAGUUCAACAGCGCUCCAACGACCGACGCCAGAGAAAGCUGAUUGCGCGAAACGGCAAGCAUUCUUUGAGUUCCAGAUCGAUACAACAACUAGACGCCAUGACAAGUGAGGAUUGGUCUUUGACAGGCGUGCCGGACGGAAUCCAAGACAAUUUCGAAGCCCAGCAGCUCCGGAACAGAUACCUGGCUGGAACCGCAGGUAGCCCCUAUGCUGACCCUGAUCACGGUAUCUUCUUUCACAGAAUGCAAAGACUUGACGGCUUCUUGGGUAACAAGCGACCAGUCUUGGAUCAAAACCAGCCAUGGCAGUUGUCCUUUGGAGUUCACGACACGACCGACAUCCAGUCCAUGUUUUCUCCGAUGCAAUUCCACUUUGACGUCACUUCCAUGGAUGGUCUGCCCAUGCAAACGUCGAAUAAUAUGGACCAAGGCCUGUCCACAUCAUGUACAGACUUUGCUCCUUCCGAUGCGGGCACGAGUUUCGGGAGCUUCUCUUCUGCGGGUGCCUCCAACCUCCUUAGCUCCUUUCCUUCGGCCGAUGGUGUUGUAAUUGGCCCCAGUCCUUCAGAUCAGUUUGAGUAUGCCAACUCGCCGUUCAUGAGCUCAUCCUUGGUGCACGAGGAUCUCAACAACAUCAAAGGGCACCCCCAAUCGCCGCUGCCCUUCUCCGAGCCGACGCCCCUUAUCUUUUUCCCAGAACCGCAGGAACAGCCCGCUGAGCGUCACUGUCGUAUGGGAGACCACCAAGAAGCAACGAGGGUUGUCAUGCCGGAGAGUCAUGAUGGCUGCAACGGCAUCAAGGCCGAUCCCAAAGCCCAGCACAUGCUGGUGUCAAGGCCGCGGAAAGAGCUACCCGAGCAGCCACGGUCAUCACGAGUCGGUUCGAGUAACUCCUCGCGCCGCCGCAGCUCUCCGUCUCGAAAGGCCACCCCUACCACACACAAGACGGAGCUCCGGCCGAAGCAGUCAAAGCCAUGUCCGACACAAACCUCUCCGGUAGAGAUUGCGGAGCGUUCAGCCAAGGAUGAAUACUUGCUCAAAGCCAAGCAGGAAGGGCUGACAUACCGUGAGAUCCGGGUCAAGGGCAACUUCACAGAAGCCGAGUCAACCCUCCGCGGUCGAUACCGCACGCUCACUAAAAGCAAGGAGGCGCGGGUUCGGAAACCGGAGUGGACCGAUAAAGAUAUUCGCCUGCUUCAGCGGGCCGUCCGCAAGUUCGCCAAGGGCAACGACCCCGCCUCAACCAAGAUCCCCUGGAAGCUGGUAGCAGAGUACAUCCAGAGGAACGGCGGGUCGUACUUGUUUGGAAAUGCUACCUGCCGCAAGAAAUGGGACGAACUUCACCUGGCUGCAUGA